UAUCGUCCAAGGUAUAUAAAGUGCUUCGUAAUAUUAGAAUUUUAUUUUGACAACAAUAAUGAGGGUCAACAUUAAAGGCUUAUUUCUUCUGCCGAUAUUGUUUUUGUGUGCUCGAGGAGCAAAGCAAGAUAGAGAGCUAGAUUGGUGGGAAACAACUAUCUUUUAUCAAAUUUACCCUAGAUCGUUUAUGGACAGUGAUGGCGAUGGAAUUGGUGAUCUUAACGGAAUAACUUCUAAACUAGAAUAUUUGAAAGAACUUGGUGUAGGUGCAACAUGGCUGUCUCCGAUGUUUCAGUCACCGAUGUACGAUUUCGGUUAUGACAUAUCCGAUUUUUAUGCUAUUAAUGACGAAUAUGGCAGUAUGGAGGAUUUCGAUAACCUAAUUUCAAAAGCAAAUGAAUUAGGUAUUAAAAUUAUCCUCGAUUUCGUACCAAAUCACGGAAGCAAUGAAAGUGUUUGGUUUGAAGAAGCGUUGAAAGGCGAUGAAAAGUAUUUUGAUUAUUUUAUGUGGGAAGACGGAGUUGUUGAUGAAAAUGGAACAUUACAUCCUCCUAAUAACUGGAAUAGUGUUUUUCGUAAAAGUGCUUGGGAAUAUAGGGAAGAAGUUGGAAAGUAUUACCUACACCAAUUUGCUAUUGGACAACCUGAUUUCAAUUACCGUAAUCCAGAAGUGGUCGAAGAAAUGAAAAACGUUCUUAGAUUCUGGUUAAACAAAGGUGUGGCAGGCUUCAGAGUUGAUGCUGUGGCACAUCUAUUUGAAGUGGAUAAAGAAGAGUUUGGUGGCAAAUAUCCCGAUGAGCCUCUUUCAGGUGACAAUGUUGAUGAUCCUGAAAGUUAUGAUUAUUUAAGCCAUGUUUAUACUAAAGACCAAGAAGAAACUUACGACAUGGUUUAUCAGUGGAGAGAAGUGUUUGAUGAGUAUAAAGAAAAAGAUAGUUUUACUCGAGUUAUGAUGACAGAGGUUUACGCAAGUCCAGAAAUCACGAUGAGGUAUUUUGGUGAUGGAAAACGGGAAGGUGCACAGAUGCCAUUCAAUUUUAAUCUGAUAACUGAUGUUGAUGGAUCAUCUUCGGCUGCAGAAAUCAAAUACGCGCUUGACAAAUUUCUAACAUUUAAACCAGUUGAUAAGUUGGCGAACUGGGUGGCUGGAAACCAUGACAACAACCGAGUAGCUUCAAGAUUUAGUCCUGAACUAGUGGAUGGCAUAAAUAUGUUAGUGCUUUUGUUGCCUGGGGUAGCUGUUACAUACAUGGGUGAAGAAAUAGGAAUGGUAGAUGGAUACAUCAGUUGGGAAGAAACAGUUGAUCCACAGGGAUGCAAUACGGAUGACCCAAUAAAUUACUGGAUUAAAUCCAGAGAUCCGGAACGAACUCCUUUCCAGUGGAAUUCAGAGAAAAACGCUGGAUUUUCGUCAGCUGAUAAAACUUGGUUACCUGUAGCUGAGGGUUAUGAAACUUUGAAUGUGGAAGUACAGAAAGUGGCACAAUCAAGUCAUCUAAAUGUGUACAAGGCUUUAGCACAACUAAGGACAGAACCAGCAUUUAGACAUGGCAGAUACGAUUCGGUCGCGCUUAAUUCGGACGUUUUUGCAUUUGAAAGGUGGCACGAAGGCGCAUCAUACGUCACGGUUAUUAACCUCAAAGAUAAAAAAUACACUUUAGACUUAACGUACUUCGAACAUGUUGUUGGACAAUUAGAAGUCGUCAUUCGGAGUGUUUAUUCUCCAAAAAAUACAGGAGACAUUUUGGACGCAGAGAACAUUCAAAUAGAAGCGCUCGAAGCAUUGGUACUUAAAGUUGUUCAAUAAUCACCAAGUCACGGAGACUACCAGCCUCGUGUCAUUGCAAAAUAAUUUGAAUUGAUGGCUUAUCCACAAACCUUUUUACCUUUGAACAAUGUUUUAGUUGAAAUUACUA